GAGAGCGAGUUCCCGAGCCGCGGAGCUCUGCUCUGGCCGCAGCGGGGAGACGGGGCUCAGGGCGGAGGGCAGCGAACCCACAUCAGCCCAGUUUUUGUCCGGGUUGGGGCUGGUCUCCGCCUGGGACGCCCUAUACCCCUGGUGGAGAACGCAGCUGACUGCCGCGGCAACCCCGACCCUGGACCCUGUGCCAGGAAUCCUAAAGUCAAAAUAUUAGAAGGAAAACAGAAACAUGGCUCAUCAUAUUACAUUUCUUUGGAUAGUUUUGGCCCUACUUAAGAAUUCUGUAUCAGCUGAAGAUGGGGAAAUAAGAUCAAGUUGUCGUACUGCUCCAACAGAUUUAGUUUUCAUCUUAGAUGGUUCAUAUAGUGUUGGCCCAGAAAACUUUGAAAUAGUGAAGAAGUGGCUUGUCAAUAUCACAAAAAACUUUGACAUAGGACCAAAGUUUAUUCAGGUUGGAGUGGUCCAGUAUAGUGACUAUCCUGUACUGGAGAUUCCACUUGGAAGCCAUGAUUCAGGAGAGAAUUUGAUGGCAGCGAUGGAAUCCAUACACUACUUAGGAGGAAACACAAGGACUGGAAAGGCAAUCCAGUUUGCACUUGAUUACCUUUUUGCCAAGUCCUCAAGAUUUCUGACUAAGAUAGCAGUAGUACUUACGGAUGGCAAAUCCCAAGAUGAAGUCAAAGAUGCGGCAGAAGCAGCCAGAGAUAAUAAAAUUAUAUUAUUUGCCAUCGGUGUUGGUUCAGAAACAGAAGAUGCAGAACUUAGAGCUAUUGCCAACAAACCUUCAUCUACGUAUGUGUUUUAUGUGGAAGACUAUAUUGUGAUAUCCAAAAUAAGGGAGGUGAUGAAGCAGAAACUUUGUGAAGAAUCUGUCUGUCCAACAAGAAUUCCAGUGGCAGCUCGAGAUGAGAAGGGGUUUGAUAUUCUUUUAGGCUUGGGUGUAAAGAAAAAAGUUAAGAAAAGAAUCCAGCUUUCUCCAACAAAGAUAAAAGGAUAUGAAGUAACAUCAAAAGUUGAUUUAUCAGAAUUCACAAGCAAUGUUUUCCCAGAAGGUCUUCCUCCAUCAUAUGUAUUUGUCUCCACUCAGAGAUUUAAGAUCAAGAAAAUGUGGGAUUUGUGGAGGAUUUUAACCAUUGAUGGAAGUCCACAAAUAGCAGUUACCUUAAAUGGUGUGGAUAAAACAUUACUAUUUACCACGACCAGUGUGAUUAAUGGCUCACAAGUGGUCACCUUUGCUGACCCUCGAGUUAAGACAUUGUUUGAUGAAGGCUGGCAUCAAAUUCGUCUCUUAGUAACAGAGGAGGAUAUAACUCUGUAUAUUGAUGAUCAACAAAUUGAAACCAAACUGUUACAUCCAGUUUUAGGGAUCUUUAUCAGUGGGCAAACCCAAAUUGGAAAAUACUCUGGGAAAGAAGAAACUGUUCAGUUUGAUGUCCAGAAGUUGCGAAUCUACUGUGACCCAGAACAGAACAACCGGGAAACAGCAUGUGAGAUUCCCGGAUUUAACGGUGAGUGCGCCAAUGGUCCCAGCGACGUAGGUUCAACUCUAGCUCCCUGUAUUUGUCCUCCGGGAGAACCAGGACUACAAGGCCCCAAAGGUGACACUGGACGGCCUGGGAACCCUGGCUACCCUGGACAGCCUGGUCAAGAUGGUAAGCCUGGAUAUCAGGGAAUCCCAGGAUCACCAGGUGUUCCAGGAUCCCCAGGAAUACAAGGAGCACGAGGACUACCAGGUUACAAAGGAGAACCAGGGAGAGAUGGCGAAAAGGGUGACCGUGGAUUUCCUGGAUUUUCUGGGCUUCAUGGAAUGCCAGGAUUAAAGGGUGAAAUGGGCCCCAAAGGGGAUAAAGGAUCACCUGGAUUUUAUGGCAAGAAGGGUGCAAAAGGUGAAAAGGGGAAUGCUGGUUUUCCUGGCCUUCCUGGACGUGCUGGAGAACCAGGACGACAUGGAAAGGAUGGAUUAAUGGGUAUUCCUGGUUACAAGGGAGAGGCAGGCCCCCCCGGGGCUCCAGGGCAGGACGGACCGCCGGGAGAGCCUGGAAUCCCAGGAUUUCCUGGAAACCAAGGAUUAAUGGGACAAAAGGGAGAAAUUGGGCCUCCAGGACCAGUAGGAAAAAAAGGAGUUCCGGGGAUACCUGGUUUGAUAGGAAGUGAUGGCUCACCAGGUCAGCCUGGGACUCCAGGACCGAAAGGAAAUAAAGGUGAACCUGGACUUAAAGGGAUUCCUGGGGCUCCUGGGCUCAAGGGAGAACAAGGGGCAGUGGGUCCCCAGGGGGAGCCGGGCUACCUGGGUUUACCUGGAAUUCAAGGAAAAAAGGGGGACAAAGGAAAUCAAGGUGAAAAAGGCAUUCAGGGUCAAAGGGGAGAAAAUGGAAUACCAGGAAUUCCAGGGCAACAGGGAAUUCAAGGUCCUCAUGGUGCAAAAGGAGAGAAAGGUGAAAAGGGAGAACCUGGCGUCAGAGGUGCCAUUGGACUAAAGGGAGAACCUGGGAUGGACGGCUUGAUGGGGCCUGUGGGUCCCCAGGGGCGACCUGGGGAAACAGGUCCUCAGGGACCGCCAGGAUUGGAUGGGAAGCCUGGAAGAGAAUUUUCUGAACAGUUUAUUCGACAAGUUUGCACUGAUGUAUUAAGAGCCCAGCUACCAGUCUUACUUCAGAGUGGAAGAAUUCAAAAUUGUGAUCGUUGCCACUCCCAACAUGGUUCCCGUGGAAUUCCUGGGCCACCUGGUCCUAUGGGCCCAGAAGGCCCCCAAGGGGUUCCUGGUUUGCCAGGAAGAGAUGGUGCUCCUGGACUAAUGGGUGCUCCUGGACGUCCAGGUGCCAGAGGAUCGAAAGGCCUGCCAGGAAUAAACGGGGCGAAGGGGAGCCAAGGGUUUGGGUACCCUGGAGAACAAGGUCCUCCUGGUCCCCCAGGUCCAGAGGGUCCUCCUGGAAUAAGCAAAGAAGGUCCUCCCGGAGACCCAGGUCUCCCUGGCAAAGAUGGAGAUCACGGAACCCCUGGCGUCCAAGGGCAACCAGGUCCCCCUGGCAUCUGCGACCCAUCGCUUUGUUUUAGUGUAAUUGUUGGAAGGGAUCCAUUUAGAAAAGGACCAAACUAUUAGUG